CUUUAAUUUUCUUCCUAUUCCAUACGAAUUUUCUAAUGUUGUUGAUAUAGCUUGAAAAUUAUCCACCAAACUAUCAACCAAUAAUCAUCAUCCGUCGUUUAGCUUUGAAUUUGGAACAAAAACGAAUAUAAUAUACGGAAUAAGAAAAAAAUUCAUCCAAAUGGUUGAAUAUUUUCAUGAUUUCAAAAUGUCCCUUGGUCUCAAGGAGAUUGUUUCGAAAAACAAACUCCGUUAUAAAGAAGAUGAUAUUUCGAGGAAUAUAAUUGCUAUGGGAUUUCCAGCCGAAACAUUAGAACGAAUAUAUCGUAACAAUAUUAAUGAGGUGGUCAAAUUUUUUGAAGAAAAACAUAAAAAUCAUUAUAAAAUAUACAAUCUUUGUUCUGAAACAAAACGUCGUUAUGAUAUAUCAAAAUUUAAAGGAAUGGUUGUGGAACAAUAUUCAUUUCAGGAUCAUAAUCCUCCGCCAUUUUAUAUGUUGAAAGAAUUUUGUGAAAGCCUACAUAAAUGGUUGAAUUCCGAUCCAAACAAUGUUGCUGCCAUACAUUGUAAAGCAGGAAAAGGACGUACCGGUUUAAUGAUCUGUGCAUAUCUUGUUUAUACCGGAAAAUGUAUUGAUGAACAAGGAAAAUUUGUAAGCAUUGAUAAUGCUGAUGCGGCACUCGAAUAUUAUGGCCGACAACGAACACGUGAUCUUAAAGGAGUGACAAUACCUUCACAAAAACGUUAUGUUCAUUAUUUUGAAUACCUAGUCAAGCACAAUCUCGAAUAUCGGCCCAGCCAGUUUAGGCUUUCAUCUUUGAUUUUAACUUCAAUACCGGUAAAUAAUGGUGGUGCCUAUACGUUGAUCUGUGAAAUUUAUCAAAUACCAAAGCAAAAAAUCGAGUCAUUUGAAAUAGAAGUAAAGAAAGGCCAAAAAUUUCUGUUAUUUAAUCUACCACAACCGUUGAUUAUUCAUGGUGAUGUUAAGCUAGAAUUUUAUAUCAAAAAAAUGAAAAAGAAAUUGUUUCAAUUUUGUUUCAACACAUUUUUUGUUGGCUGUGGUUACGAUACCGAUACGUAUACGAUCAUAACCGAACCAUGUCCCCAUUGUCCAAAUGGAGAACGGAUAUCCAUUCCUAUUUCUACUCCUCUCAGUUCAGGAGAAAUCGACAAUGAAUGCAAUCGCGGAAAAUCAUUGUUCAUGAGGAAAAAUUCAAAUGAUCAUCAAUCUGUGAUUGACUUAUCAUUUUUUGAUUCGAUCAAGAAUGAAAGCAGUUUUGAUCCCUGUGAUUGUGCAAAUUCAAUUUUAUUUCAAUCAUCAUUCGAAAUUUUUGAUUCAACCAACAAUGUCCAAGAUUUUUGUAGCAAUCAUAUUUCAAGUUAUAAUAAUCCCUUGUUUACAUCGCAACAACUACCAAACACAUCAGUAUCAUCCUUUAAAUCAUCAUCAACAUCGUCUUCGAAUAGUUCAUCAACACAAUCGUUGUGUAAUAAUACUUGUAAUCAUGUGAAUUUUAAUGGUAAAAAGACGAGCAAUCCGGAUUUGAUGCAAACAUUUAAUCAGGAAAAGAGUCUUUAUCUAGUAUUACCGAAAGAGAACCUCGACCAAGCAUAUAAAGAUAAAUCUAACAAAAUUUUUCCUGCCGAUUUCAAGGUUGUAUUAAAAUUUAAUCAAGAUUCAUUCGAUGGUGUUGAUACUACAAUUCUAUCAACGAAUGAUCAAUAUAUUUGUAAUGAUUCAAAUUGCAAUCCAUAUGGUUACAGUGAAAGUGAAAAUAUUACCUCUGAAGAUGAUGAUGAUCCAUCCGAUCAGGAAUUGAAUAAUGGUAGUAGUAAUCAUUCAACAUUGACGAUGAAACAAACAUCAUUCGAACCGAAUAAUCAUAAUCAUAAUCAUAAACAUCAAGUGGUACAAGCAAAUCAAUCAUCAUCAUCAUCUGAAUUUGAGACGAAUAACAAUAGUUUAGAAAAUAAAAAAGGUGAAAUAACCUAUCUUUGACUAGCUUGAUAUUGAUGAUGGAUAUUCAAAAGUUGAAUUCAAAAAAUCUCACCUCAUUAAAAUCUCAUUUCUUCCUUCUCUAUCAUUGUCAAAUAAAUCAUUCAAUUUUGAAUGAUUUAAAUGAUAUAGUGAUAGAAAUAUGUAAUUAUU